CCAGCGCAAUCAGGGAAGCGCUGUGCGGCGGGUGAUUCAAACGGUAGUGGCGGCUCAACCGCCUUUAUAGAGCGGGUGGCUAUGGCGGCGCGCUUACCCCCGCAGCUCCCGGCUAGCCGCCGGUCUGAGCCGGCGUACCGAGAACAAAGACGACAAAAAGUUGAAGAAUAUCUAUCAAGAAAAAAGACCUUUUCUGGUGUGCCCAUUCAAGAAAACCAGACAUCAAUCAGCAGCAUCAGGACUAGGAGAGCAGUUAGCAAUAAACUGCAAGACAAAACACAGUUCUCAACAUCUCUAAAGCCAGGAAUGGAAAAUAAAGAGAAUUCUAAUAAACUGUCAUGGGACCGACCAAGUGGAACUUCAGAAAAAGAUGUAAUUGUGGAAGAGUUUAAAAUAACACUGACAGAUUCCAUAUCAGACACAAGCUAUAAUCCUGAAGAUUGUGCUUCCAAGGAUGAAGUCACUGAAAUAAAAUCUCAGCAUGUGUCACUUUGCAAGUCCUUCUUGCAAACGAAAAGCAUAAAAGAGAAGCAGUUGAUUGGAGAAAAACAAAAUUCAAGUGCCAACCUACCAAAGAAACCAGUGCUUGGUACGUAUCGUGGCAAAGUUAUCCAAUCCAAGAUAAACUCCUUCCGGAAAGCACCAAAAACUGAGGGGGAAAAGAGUUCUUUGCCAGACAAGAAGCUUCUUCCUUUUGCCACCAAACAAGCAGUAAGUUCUUUGUCUGUGAGCAGCCAUAGUGCAGUUCCGGAGACAACCAAAAUCACAAACUACUCUAAUUCUGUAAAACCAAAUGGUAUCCUUUCAUUCCAGAGCAAGCCAUCUGACAAAGCUGCUAUUAACCCACAGUCCGGUCUGAAGAAACAGCAACAGAUAUCUACUGUAGCGCCAAAGAAAGUAGCCGUCCAAAAAAUGAUUCGUGGAAGGGGACCAAAGCCACUGAAGGCUGCUUCUGACAAUUCUGACCACAGAGCACUAGGAGUGAAGAAAUAUACAGAUUUUUGCAAAGAUACAAGACCAGGAGCUCCAACAAAAACAAUUUCUGUUGUUCCUGGUACAAAUUUAGGACAGGAUUCUAAAAUUAAUGGCAACAGAAAAUCUGUUCUGCCAAAAGAGUCUGCAGAAGACAGAAGAGCACGCCUGGAUGAAUGGAGGGCAUCUAGAGGAAAAGUGAUGAGGAGACCUCCUGCAUCUGUGCUUUUGGGAUCCCAGUUUAAAAGCGAAGAACAAGAAUUCUCUUCUGGUGAUUCUCUCGAGCAUGUGUUACAUAGUGAAAAGGUCAAGACGACCCUGGCAGAAUGUCUGCAGUUAACCGAACAGGGACGUCAAGGCAAUGAAGUACGUGCCAUUUUGGAAGAUCUGACACAAAGCAUUCCUGCAUCUAAAAAGCUUGCAAAAUAUUGGAUCUGCUGUAUGCGGCUUGAACAGAUGGGCCCUCUUGAGAAGCUUAUUGCUGUCUAUGAGGAGGCCAUUUUGGCAGGAGCAAUGCCUAAAGAUGAACUACGACAUGCGCUAAUAGAUACUAUGAAAAAUAAUGAAAGCCUCUUUAAGUCUGAGGAUGUGGGAACUGCAAUAGAAACUCAUUUAAGUGAGGUAGCACAAUUCAGCAAGGAACCAACUUUGUCUGCAAAGCAGGUUCAGGAGGCCUUCAUGGAUCUCUGCUCCGAUGAUGACCAAAAAGCAGAGAGUGAUGACAAGAAGACAGACACAAGCAGUGCACUGAUCGAAAAAGAAGAAAUGGAUUUAGACUUGAAACCAAGAGAAGAGAUCUUGCCAAAAAGGAAUAAAAAGCACAAGACUAAAGAACGUGCAAAAAAGAAAGGAAAAUGUGAAACAGAGGAGCAGAAUGAGCAUGGGGUAAAAGAUGUAGCCCGAGAAGUUAAUUCUCCAGAGAAGAAUGAUGCAUCUUAUUUAAUGCGAGACAAUCCAUCUACCACACCACACUUGGAAAGUGUGAAGAUGCAGCAUGAGACAAAUGAUGCCAGUGCUAAAGACCUGACAAUUGUAACCCCUUUGCGAUAUUCUCAACGCAUUCGGGAGAAGAUGUGCAAGAUGUUGGAUACUGUUAAAGAUGAAGAUCCAUGUGUGUCUUCAUCUGAACAGCUGGGAGAAUUGGAAUCAAAAGCCACUGCAUUUAUCCACUAACAGAACAAUGCGCAUAAAGAAACAAGUGCUGAAGUAGAAAAGUAAAAAGUAGCAUUAAUACUACAUGUGGGUUGAAGAAUGGAUCCUUUUUAAGGACGCUUGGAGGGGUGUUUGUUUUUUAGCAGCUUUGAGAGAGGAGCUAAAACUUGCAUGGAUGGCUUAAGAUGAAAUUUGACUGCCUGAGUCACCAAACUUUUGAAUUUAUAAGUUUCUGCCUUUUCAAAAUUGUGGUAAAUGUGGUAUGUUUUAAUACUUUUUAACAUGAAGACACUGAUGUUUCAUAUGAUUCAUUAAAUAUUGAAUUAAGGACUAGGUUUAACACUUUGUAUAACAGCUUCAUUGUAGUAUAUUGCUAAUAUCUAAUGUUUUCUUGUUGUAAUUCCUAUAAAUUCUUUAGAAUUGCACAUAACUUUUAGUUUAAAAAACAAAAAUAACAUAGUCAUUCCUAUAGUGUUGCUGUAGUAGACACGGUCCUUAGCUGGUUUUUGUUUUCAAAACUAGUACGGUAUACACUAAGUUUAAAAUGUUGUAUCCAUUUUUAGGGGGGUAUUUCAACAAAACUGAGUUUAAUACCUUUAGUUACUGAGAUUAUUUAUGAUCAAGUAAUCUCCCUUAGAUGAUGUCUGAUAAACUAAUUACUAUGUGCCUGUUCUAAUGUUGGUUGUGCAGUAGUCUGUAAUGUGGUAGACUUAUUAAACUAAUCAGCCGA